AUAUAACGGCACAGGCCUUCGAGUAACACACCUGCGCGAGUGACGGAUAAGAUAUACAUUUUUAACGAAAUGAGUGAAGACAUGGAUAAUACGUUUGUGACAAGUUCGUCUAUCGCCGAACUAUAUACGCAUGAGCAAUGUCGCGAAAACUAUCGUAAAUCAAGUUUCCGUAGGAGAAAAGUUAUAAGAAGGAAGAGUGUUGCUUCCUCAUACGGGACAGUUCUUGAGGAAAGCAGCUGCCCUACUAAAGAAAUAAGGAUACGACGGGUAAACACAACAGCCCAAAACUUAAAUCGUACAGAUAGAAUUCGUUCCGCCGGUGAAUAUGUCUCGCUCACCGUCCUCACACCUCAGUGCCCAACUCGGCCACCGUCACAAAUCGACGUCACAAUGCCGUACAACAGAAACGAAUCAUUCGAUUCUGAACAGCAAACACAAACUCAAACACAACCUCAUCCGAAUUUAAGGGUUUUUUAUCAAGGGGCCCUUGCUGAACUGGAAGCUGCAAAAACUGCCUACCACUCUAAACCUUCUCAGAAAAAUGCACAGGAUGUAGAGGAGAAGAAAAAAGUAGUGGAAAAUAUAUUAAAAACCUUUCCUGCGGACACAGAUCCUGAGGGCUAUAAUUCAGCCGAUAGGUUACCACCUCCUCACCCGGGACCUGCAAAACCGUCCUCAUUUGCCCCUGCGGAGGAUUCUAAUAAAGGGCCUCGACCCAGCCACAAAAAGACUGAAUCUAAUCCAGAGACAUUAAUGGAUUUUUCUAAUUACUCUAAGAUCGAAAGAUCGCUCUCUUCUUCUUCCCACUCUGUUACUCGAUCGAAUUCUGAUCCAAAGAAGACGUUCAGGAAUAACUCUCUAGACAAUUUACCUCCGUCAUCGCAGAAUCCGGAUUCUACUGCAACUCCAAUAAUUGCAUCGCCUACUGAUUCGGGAUCUGUGCUGUCGGAUGAACAAGAGCCGGCUCCAGUAUCACCGUCCAGUAACGAAAGCGAAUACAUUCAACCAAAGCCUGAGCCAGAGCCUAUACUAUCCGAUCAAAGUCUCCAAACUGUUCCUGAGGAAGGAUCGGAAGAAGUUGUUGACUCAAUAAUUAAAGUUUCAAUAAAAACCGAAAUACAGAAGAUUCCUUAUGAACCUCCUAUUUCGCCGCACGUCUCCCCGCAGCAAUCUUUAGUGUGCCCUAUUUCUUCGCUAGAAGAUAUUCGAAAUAAUCCUGCAUAUAUGGCUGUUUUCCUUCGCUUCGCGUAUGAAUACGGCAAUUUCGGAUUAGUGGUUUUGUACUUCCUUAGUCGAAAGUUGGCCUCAAUUGAAGACUCGAAUUUGGACCGAUUGAGGCGUUGGUCGUAUGAACUGUAUAAUACUUUCUUAGCCCCUAAAUCAAUCUUAAAUGCUUCUCUUGACCGUGGUCUCGUGGAAGACGUAGAGAAAAGUCUGUCUCAAAAACUCGGUCCGGAUAUAGCAAAAUUGUUAUGGCACAAACUGGAGAUUGUUUUGACUGAAGGUGUCCUUGAAGAUUUCAAUAAAUUGCAGAAUCAAUAUUCAAUUGGUAAGUUACGUUUCUUUGUUAUACGAGCCUUUGUAAGGGCGUCACGUGCUGAGGGCGGCACUGCACCUGCUAAGAACUUCUUGAUCGUAAUGAACUUACACCCGACUAGGACUUAGUUUUUCUUUAUAAGCCAUACAACAUUUAUUUUCCUUUAACAGUUUUUUUUUAUUUGUAUUCGCAUUUAAGAAGAUGUCGAUUGGUAUUCAACGCCUAGAGCGGUGAAUAGUCGGCUUAUAUGUUCAUAUCGAUUCAGUUGAAUUUACGGCUUGUUGAGCGAAAUUAGUGGGGUGAAUGCUCCGUUUUGUUGUUAGUCUGCUUUGACUGAACAAUUUAAGGCCAAUAUAUGAAUUUUAUUCUAAGAUUUUCGCUCAUAAAAGUUUUAGGCGUAUAAAGAGCGGUAGAGUAAACAUAUAAACAUUGCACAUAUGUACUUAUACAUAGGUGUAAAUAAAGUACAUUUAUAAACGGUCUCUUAAUACCCCAAAGAUUAAACAAAUCUACAGGGGAAGAAAAUAAAAAAAAACGCAGUGGGAGGAGCGUUACCGUCUAAAUAAUGUGAUGCCAAAGAAUUGGAUUGGUGGAGACGCGCGGCGUCUCUUUUAUAACUCUAGAGCGGACUAACCACCUCCUAUUACAAUCGCUACUUAUCUCUGUUUACUUCGAAAGAUUAACCGUACAGCACUACGAUUCGCUAAUAGAAGCGAAUAAAGCUGAGAUUUUGCGGUUUAGAUCUUAUACGUCUUAAAAAUCUUUGCGGUUUCGCAAUCAGACUGACGUUUAUUGACAAACGGUUAGUGUAUUUAGUUUUCAUUAUGUUUUACGGUUUUUUCUUUAGUUUUCUAUGUUUGGCGAAAAUGCAGUCUAAUCCCACUGUAAUGUUAACAAUUUUUUCAUUACAUUUCGAACUGGGAGAAAAGACUUUUCUGUCUAAGUUGUGUAAUAUUAAUAAGUGUAUCGAUACUAUGUGUAACUAUUAUAAGCAAACAAAAUAAAGUUGCCUUGUGGUAUAAAACUAGUUUAAAAACUUUUUACCUCGCUUAUUUUUCCUGAUUUUAAUAUUUUGUAUUAUUAUUUAUUCACUUAUCUAUUAUACCUAACAAUGUUUUUUCUGCUCUUUAUUUCAUGUUUUUUAUCUCCCUAUGGCCUUUUAAACUCUUUAGAUUAUUAGUAUUUUUGUGUUGCA